AUGCAGAAUAUGGAUAGUCAAUCCGCUUCUAUUGAUCAAGGACUAUCAUCCCUCAAUGUGAAGAUCUAUAUCAUGUUGAUUCGCAAGCAUGACACAGCCAUGCAGAUAAAUGGAAGCGAUGCGGGCUCAGGGACUCCCUCGAAAGCGCCAUCCACGGGGGCAUAUGAGGGAAGAUACAAUGUUAGAACACUUGGCGUCAAGGAUAUCAAUAAUUUUGCAGCAGACGACCUGUACGAAGCAAAGAACAUGAAGCAGAAACCGGCAAUUUCUCCGCUUCCAAAAGGUGGGGCUUCGUCGGACGACUCUCAUGCAAACAGAAAGUAUAAGUGGGAUGUGAAGCCUGGCGGCUCCUAUGUGCCGACGGUACCGUCUCUGGGAAAGAAGGAGGACACUAAGGAGAGCGAGGAGCAUCGUCAGCGCAAAUGGGAAGUCAAAUUUGCCCCCCAACUUGCAACGGCAACUCGCCGCACUCUGGUUGUCACCUCAGAUGUGAUGAACUACAUGAAUCAGUUCAGCAACGAGAAUCAGCUCAGGACGGCCAUGGGUGGAGGUGGUCAGAGUGAGGCACAGCCUCCUAAGAAAGAGCCAGUCCCUCAGCAUGUAAACAAGACUGCAAUUAAGCCAGCGCCUGUUAGUGAAGCGGAGGAAUCGGUUGAGGUCCAGGAGACAAACCAAGACACUGCUGAGAGAGAAGAAAACUUUGACGAAAAAGAGGAAUCUUACAAUGAUGAGGGUGAUGAUGAUGAUCUUGGUGAUGAUGAUGGUUCCUUGUACAAGGGCAUUCCACCAGCCGGUGUCAUUGAGGGCCUCAUGAUGAUGCUGAAUUCUCCAGAUGCCACUGAGAAAGCGAAGGCAGCAGCAGCGCUGUGUAAUAUAUGUUCAGAGACAGAUCCGAAUAGGGAGCUCGUUGUGCAGGCUGGUGGACUUCCUUCGCUUAUCGAUAUGCUCAAGAACCCAUCGCCCGAAGUACCUUUCAUGCAGUCAGCAGCUGCUGCAUGCUUAUGCAACCUUGCUGCGAAUAUGAACUCGAAAGAGAUCAUUGCAACAUCUGGAGCUUUGGAAGUGUUGGUUGAUGUGUUGAAAUCGGACAACCAAGCAGCUGCCGCCCAGGCUGCUGGAGCGCUGUGGUCUUUGUGUGUGGACAACGACAUGAACAAGCAGCGAGUGGCUGAUGCUGGGGCAAUACCACAUCUCAUCACCUUGUUAUAUGCGCCGGAUACAUUUGCACAAUCUCAGUCGGCUGGAGCGCUGUCCGAGUGCUCAAUUCGCAACGACAACAACAAGAAGCUGAUUUCCGAGCAUGGAGCCAUCCUCCCCCUUGUUAAGAUGUUGAGAUCGCCGGAUCUUUCAGUUCAACGUCUUUCUUCGUGUGCAAUUUGCAAUGUUUGUGCAAACCACGAGGCGAACAAGAAGGAGGCGAGAGAAAGGGGGGCUCUGCCGGUCCUUGUUCACCUGCUCUCAACCUCUCAGGUUCCAGAGGUGCUUUCCCCUGUGGCUGGUGCCAUCUGCAACUUGUCGAUGAAGUGUGCAGAGAACAGGGCGGAGUUUAUCCGUUUAGGAGCAGCUGAGAUCUUGCGGCAUUAUGUUCCUUCGCCUGUCCCGUCGCUGCAUGGCAAUGCUCUAGCUGCCUUGGAACAGCUGGAGUUGGGAUGA